UAGUUGAUUGAUGUCAUCGUCGGUUGUGCACUUGUUCAAGGGAGAGGCACCCUCGGAACUUGAGGGAGAAGAAUUCAUGUGUUAGGAAUUAAUUAAGCCUUUACAUAAGGCUGAAGCAACAAUCAUGUCGAAGAACGCAAAGGCAUUUAAUCACGUGGAUCCUAAUAUUAUAGAAGUGAAAAGCAAGUUUGAAGCAGAGUUCAGGAGAUUUUCCAUAAACCGAGAGUCUUCCACACAAUUUGAGGCGUUCCAGAAGCUGCUCGGGGAGCUCCAUUUCCUACAAGACAUUCCAUUUCUCGUCUGCUACACAGACCCAAAAGACCAGGAACUUUUACCUAUAAAUAAUGAUGAAAAUUUUGUUAAAGCAGUGUCCACAGCUAAACCUAUUUUAAAACUCCACAUUCAGAAAAAAGGAGAAAGCUGGGCAGAAUUCAAUGGCUAUGGAACGUUUGGGAAGCGUCGCAAUCCAAUCAUCAGUAAGCUUAUCAAAGAAGAAGUCAAGCCAAGGCCUCACAUCGCUAUUAGCUUGCCAGAGGAUUUUCGGAGGGUGUCGGCCAUUAUUGACGUAGACAUUGUACCUGAGACUCACAGAAGAGUGAAACUAUGCAAAAACGGUUCAGACAAGCCUCUAGGUUUUUACAUUCGGGAUGGCACCAGUGUACGGGUGACCCCUCAUGGACUGGAAAAGGUACCAGGAAUUUUUAUUUCUCGGUUGGUGCCAGGUGGUCUGGCCGAGAGCACGGGGUUGUUAGCUGUGAACGACGAGGUUCUGGAGGUAAACGGUAUUGAGGUUGGGGGCAAAACGUUGGACCAAGUGACUGACAUGAUGGUGGCUAAUAGCUCCAACCUCAUCAUCACUGUCAAACCUGUCAAUCAGAGGAACAAUCCUGUACCGAAACGAGGAGGUGUUGGACGCGAUUCGCAAAUGUCGCACGCCUCUCAGAUGUCUAUGGGGUCCACCGUUUCCGUGGCUUCUCAGGAAAGUGAUGAAAUUCGUAUUGUUGAGGAGGAAGAUGAUGAUGUGAAGGACCAUACGCAACUGAUAAAUGAUACGAGCCCAACAACAAGUGAAAAAGACCAGGACAGUGCAGUGGUGACAUUAUAGUGCCCACCACUGUUUUGUUGAGUCACACAUAUUUACUUUCUGAAACAGUUGUUGACCCCUUUCAUGGUAUGUCAGAUAUUCAGAUAUGGGGAAAAGAACACAUGUAAAGAUGAUUGACCAAUAUAUUUUUAUAAAAAUGAAGAUAUAGACAAUUUUAAAGAUAAUGACGCUCUAGCCCAUGCUUUGCAAGUCACUCUAGCCAGGAGAGAACUUCAUCAGCAGCUGAAGUAUUCCCCAAGUUAGAAGUAUAUGGAAAUCGUAUAAAUAUGAAGAAAAAGCCAGAGAAGUAGAGGCAGAA